AUUCACAAUCACAAAACCAUGAGAUCAGAUAACCUCUGGACCAGAAAACCAGAACUCAAAACCGGCAAAUCUGAGUUUCCGGUUAUCAGAUUCAUCCGUAGAUACAUCGAGAACAUCAAGGACAAUGCCGGAGGUCCUGGAGUCGGCGGCGGGAUAGGCUGCGGCGCUGGACUCGGCCUCGGACUCGCCGGAGGGCUCGGGUUAGUCACUUCUGAAGGGAUUAACCAUUCGAAUGUUGUGUUUGGCAUCGGUAUGGGUUGCGGUAUAGGCGUUGGGUUUGGGUACGGGUUUGGAGUUGGUGGUGGGUUCAAUUUCGAUGACAUUGGAGAUAAAUUGACCUAUGGGAAUGGCUCCGGUUAAGAUUCCGGGUCGGGUAAAGAUUUGUAUUAAAUACAUUUUCGUAAAUUGUAUUUUCAGUCGGAACACUUUGUCUUUUUGUCUUAAUGAGUUCUUACUUGCUUAAAUUUUCUUGCAUAGCUCAACGUAAAAAUGGUGUU